AUGAGUGAGAACCGGAAGCAACAGUUGCAAGUUGACGCAUUGGGUGUACUUAGUGGUAUUCCAGCGGAAAAACUUGCCGAUCAUUUGCAUCAGCGAUGGUUAUCCGAUGAGUGUUUCUAUCGUCUUCCGGCGAUGAUUUUAGCACAUUUAUAUCGGGUUGACGAAUCGGACGGUACAUUGAUGUCAUGUUGUCUGAUGCAUUUGUUGUCCGAUUUUCGAGCUCGUGACAGCAUUAGAAAAACUAGUCCUUUAAUGUUCAGGAAUAGCGUUAAAGUUUUGGCAGAAAUGUUUUCGGUGUACAGAAAUUUUGAUGCUGUUGUCAGCGAAUGCCUAAAUGUUCCGUUAUUUGUAUCGCUUCAGAUGUUAGCUGACAAAACUGCUAGCGAAAAAGAUAUACAGGUAUUAGCGGAAAUUUUAAGUUCACACGGUAUUCUACUGUCAACGGUAAAGCCAAAAUUAUGUGACGAUUUAGUGAUUCAAGUUCGUAAUCAUCUCUGUGAUAGUAAUUUCACUUCAACCACUCGUCGUUUACUUCUAAAGAUAAACGAUCUAUGGACAUACAAUUGGGAAUUAGAUUCAGCGCCGGAAUGUAUAUUGAGCUUUUAUGGUAAAACUUCGAAGGAACCUGAAGAAGUUGAACCAAAGCCGCAAAAACGCUUUCAGUAUAUGGAACAAGAAAGUGUAGUCUGA